CUUACGUUGGGUUGAAUGGGUGCAGAUGAUGACAGAAGCUUUUUGUUAGCAUGGAAAAGCCGCUUUGACAUAGCUCUAGGAAUAGCCAGAGGACUUCUGUAUCUUCAUCAAGAUUCGAAACUACAAGUCAUUCACAAAGAUCUCAAAGCAAGCAAUAUAUUGUUAGAUGCUGACCUCAAUCCUAAAAUCUCAGACUUCGGCCUCGCAAAAAUCUUUGCAGGCCAUGAAAGAGAAGCAAGAACGAAAAGAAUCAUUGGUACCUAUGGCUAUAUGUCCCCAGAAUAUGCUUAUGAUGGAAAAUUCUCCGUGAAAUCCGAUGUUUUUAGCCUUGGUGUAAUUUUGCUAGAGGUAGUAACUGGCAAAAGGAAUAGAGGGUUCUGCCAUCCUGAUCAUGAACACAACCUUCUUGGGCAUGCAUGGCUGCUGUGGAGCGCAGGCAGGUCCUUGGAGCUUCUGCAUGAAUCUCUAUGCGACUCCUUCAUCGCAUCCCAAGUAGAGAGAUGCAUUCAAGUCGGUUUGGUAUGCGUCCAAAAGUGUCCUGGAGAUAGGCCAACAAUGUGUUCAGUCAUUUUCAUGUUAGCGAAUGAGGAAGCAAUCUUGCCACAACCUAAACAGCCCGGGUUCUUUAAGGAGAGAGGUCCAUCGAGCACAGAGGCAUCUUCGAUAAGGGAAGAAUCGUACACAAGGAAUAUCGUUACAAUCACCAUGCCGGAAGGUCGAUGAACUUCCCAUCGAGGAAGUUCCCUGCAGUGUGGACUUCAGAAAAGCUUUCUCAGUGCAUGAAGGUUGCAAGGAUCAGUAGAUGGUCUGCAAUCACUAUAAUCUUGAAUGUGUGAAAGGUGCAGUGACCUCCACUUUGACGUUGCUUCUUCAGGUUCACAAAUUGUAGAAAACACUGCUAAAAACAAUCUGGAAAGGUUCUGAAGGCAUGGAUUGCAGUUGCCUCUUCCAUGAAUAUGUGAUAUUUGUGUACACGAAUCUGUCGGCUUCCCCGCGGAUGGAGUACUGAUUAGACGAGGGCUACAACAAAGGAUUCGCGUUUUAAUAAUUCAGAAGGGUCAAGCAACUUGGUAUAGGCCUUUCUAUUGAAAUUGAUUGCCAAUGGUUAUUCGUAGAGAAUUAUAUCGACUCUCUAAACUUUCAUAUGAGCAAGUAGUUAUAUUUAGUUAUUAACUGCUUCACUUUAUUUUUGUACGAUACAUGGAUAAGUGAUCUCCCAGUGGAAGUAUUUCCACGUUUAUGAACAAUAUAAAGUUUUUUCGCCA